GGGAGAAACAGGGAUAGGAUGUGACGGGGAAAGUAGUGUUCAUGAAACUAAUUUUUUCUUACAAAAUAUUAUCAAAAACAUCAAAAUCCCUCGCAAAUCAAUAACCUGCCCAUAGGGUUUGAGGUUUUUAUUUAAGUUUAUAGACGAAGGACAUUUACACUCACAAUUCUAUACUUUUUUAAAGAAUGUGUGAGACAGUUAGCCCGCUAGCUAGCUAGCUAGAAGGAGGGUGAUAGAGGCGGAGGGAGAACAAAAGAUUUUUUGCGUUUUGGUCGGUUGCACUGACAUCAAGUCCAUGCAGAACGUGUCAUCACUAACACAAUGCCCGUGUUACUUUUUCUGAUAGACACGUCCGCUUCAAUGAACCAGCGCACCCAUCUGGGCACUACCUAUCUGGACAUAGCAAAAGGCGCUGUUGAGACUUUCAUGAAGCUCAGAGGGAGAGACCCCGCGAGCAGAGGAGACCGGUAUAUGUUGGUAAAUUUUGAGGACGUUCCCGUCGGAAUCAAGGCUGGAUGGAAAGAGAGCCACGCGACCUUCAUGACAGAGCUGAGAAACCUUCAGGCCAAUGGACUCACAGCAAUUGGCCAAUCUUUGAGGACAGCUUUUGAUUUACUCAAUCUCAAUAGAUUAGUCACUGGGAUAGACAACUAUGGACAGGGUAGGAAUCCCUUUUUUCUGGAGCCGGCCAUCAUAGUAGCUAUCACCGACGGCAACAAGCUGACCAGCAGCGGUGGAGUCCAGGAAGAGCUGCACCUGCCCCUGACCACCCCCCUGCCGGGCAGUGAGCUGACCAAGGAGCCCUUCCGCUGGGACCAGCGUCUCUUCGCCCUGGUGCUGCGCAUCUCCGGCCACGCCUCCGUGGACCCCGAGCCGCUGGGUGGGGUGCCCCAGGACGACUCGGCCAUCACCCCCAUGUGUGAGGUCACCGGAGGUCGUUCCUACAGCGUGUUCUCCCAGCGCAUGCUGAACCAGUGUCUGGAGUCACUGGUGCAGAAGAUCCAAAGUGGCGUGGUCAUCAACUUUGAGAAGACUGGCCCAGACCCCCCUCCUCUGGAAGACCCCCCAGGGGAGGUGGUGAAGCCAGGCCCCCAGCUCUGGCACUGCUGCCACAAGCUCAUCUAUGUGAGGCCCAACCCCAAGACAGGCGUGCCCAUCGGACACUGGCCCAUCCCAGAGUCCUUCUGGCCGGACCAGAACUCCCCCACCCUGCCCCCCCGCUCGGCCCACCCCCUGGUAAGGUUCUCCUGUCAGGACUCAGAGCCCAUGGUCAUAGACAAGGUGCCCUUUGACAAGUACGAGCUGGAGCCCUCGCCCCUAACCCAGUACAUCCUGGAGAGGAAGUCUCCACAGAGCUGCUGGCAGGUGUUUGUGUGUAACAGUGCCAAGUACAGUGACCUGGGCCAGCCCUUCGGCUACCUGAAAGCCAGCACAGCCCUCAACUGUGUCAACCUGUUUGUCAUGCCCUACAACUACCCUGUUCUGCUCCCCCUGCUGGAUGACUUGAUCAAGGUUCACAAGUUCAAGCCCACCAUCAAAUGGCGCCAGUCGUUUGAGAACUACCUGAAGACGAUGCCUCCGUAUUACAUAGGAUCCCUGAGGAAGGCGCUGAGGAUCAUGGGAGCUCCGAACCUCCUGGCAGAGAACAUGGAGUAUGGCCUGAGCUACAGUGUGGUGUCCUACCUCAAGAAGCUCAGCCAGCAGUCUAAGAUCGAGUACGACCGCAUGAUCGCCUCCAUCGGGAAGAAGGCUCUGGUGGAGCUGGGGAUCAAGGUGCGCUCCCGGGGGGGCGUGUCUCUGGCCCAGCGCCGGGACUUCACCCAGCUGCUGCAGAGCAUCUCCGGGGAGACGCCGGCCCUGCCCCUGGAGCUCAACCCCAAGGAGUUCUCCGGCUUCCAGCUGGCCCUGCUCAACAAGAGCGUGAAGCCUCAGGGCUUCAGGAACGCCUACGACAUCCCCAGGAGCCACCUGCUGGACCAGCUGAGCCGCAUGAGGAGGAACCUGCUGAAGGGCAGUCUGGUGCUGACCGGACAGGACCCUGACCAGCUCCACAGCGUUCCCGUGGCCCAGAUGGGGAACUACCAGGACUUCCUGAAGGCAGCUCCUCAGCCCCUGAGAGACGCAGACCCUGAGCAGCCCAAACGCCUGCACACCUUCGGCAACCCCUUCAAGCUGGACAAGAAGGGCAUGAUGAUCGACGAAGCGGAUGAGUUUGUGACGGGGCCCCAGAACAAGGGCAAGAGGGCGGUGGGGGACAGCAACAUGCAGGGGGGGGGGGUCCCCAAGAGGCGACGCUGCAUGUCCCCCCUGCUGCGCCUGGGGAAGGCCUACUGCCCCCCCGUCACCCCCCCCUGCCAGCCCCAGACCUACGCUGACUCCAACCACAGCGAUCUAGAGGACAACUUCCUCACCCACCUGAACCACAACCACUACAGCCCGGAGAGAGUCCCCGACCAGGACGAGGAGGACCAGGACGAGGGCAGCCCCUCCAGCCUCGAGGCCCAGGACAACCACGUGCUGCUGGGGGAGGAGGAGCAGGGUGGCCUGGGGGAGGAGGAGCAGGGUGGCCUGGGGGAGGAGGAGGAGGGCAGGGACGGGGAGCAGGAGGGAGAGGACCUCCUGGAAGAGCGCCUGCUGCGCUACCCCUCCCCCGGGGCUCUGAAGAAGCUGAUGAACAGCGAGAGUCAGGAGGUCAACUCAGAGCUCCGCUCCCUCAUCACCAAGGAGAUCAGGAAACCGGGGCGACACUAUGAGAGAAUCUUCCAUUUCCUGAAGCAGAUCCAGGGUAGUCUGGACACUCGCUUGAUCUUCCUGCAGAACAUCAUCAAAGAGGCCGCCAGGUUCAAGAAGCGGGUUCUUAUCGAACAACUGGAGAACUUUCUAGAAGAGAUCCACAACAGGGCCAACAAUAUGAACCACCUGGACGGCUUCUGAAGGGGCCCUGUUCCAAACCCAACACCUGUACCUUAAUCUUGCAGUCAGCCCUGCUCCACCUGUCUGCACCCCUCCUCACCAAACACUCAGUGGGUCAGUCCACUCCCCUCCCAUGCUCUUAGUGGUACUGGAUCGGUCCACUGUGGAGCCAGAGGGGGGUUUAGAAACCCAGCCCCUUACCACCUCCAUGAGGGAGUGAGCAUGGAUACAUGACAUGCAUUGUACCACACAGGUCUGGAGACAGGGAUGGAAACCAACCCACAUAAUUAACCUACUGUGUGUCUGUCUGACUGUGUGUCUGUCUGACGGAGUGUCUGUCUGACGGAGUGUCUGUCUGACUGUGUGUCUGUCUGUCUGACUGUGUGUCUGUCUGACGGUGUGUCUGUCUGACUGUCUGUCUGACUGUGUGUGUGUGUCUGUCUGACUGUGUGUGUGUGUGUCUGUCUGACUGUGUGCGUGUGUGUGUGUGUGUGUGUCUGUCUGACUGUGUGUGUGUGUUCAUCAGUGAGGGUAUGGUAGACAGCUCCAGGACGAGGGGGGUUCUUCCUGGCUCGGGGUUCAGACUUUUUCCAUUUGCUCUGUUCUUCUUCUACCUUUUCAUUUUCUGGGCAACAACUGCCUUUUUCCAGCAGAGUUCCUUUUACAAGUUAACCUUGGUUGCUACUUUUUAAACACUCCACCAAUUGAAACACUCCUGUGAUGUUUACCAAUAAGAACCAGUAAAUCUUACUGGUCUCUGAAAUCAUAUCAAAAGUCCCUCUGUUUCAGUUAACCUCAUUCUUCUUUUCUUUCACAGUCACAAGUUUAAACGGUUUAGUUACUCCUCGAACAAAACAUAAACCCUAUUUCUGUGACCGUUCGAUUGACAGGAUGCUGUGUCACUGUCAAGUCUGCUCCACACAGGGAAACAUAGCUCAGGAACUCACUAGCAGAAUGGUUUGCAAUAACACUGUUAGACUAGUCCAGUGUUCCCCUGUCCCAUAGAGGAUGGCCUCAUUGUUACAUUGAACAUAUCUGUUGUGCUGAAAGCAUCUCUCUGGAGUGUUCUAGAAGGACAGUGGUCUCAAGUGGUCUUAUGUUCAGGUACCUGCCUAACAUUUGAUACUGUUACCCUCUCAUCAUCUCGCUCUCUCCUCUCCCCCCAUCGUUUAGACAGGGACCAAAUCUUUGCCAUACUUGUCUUGUUGUUUUUGAUCGGGGGGUUAUACCAAAAGACAGUAUUUUGAAUACGCUGUAUAGAUGUAAAUACAUUUAGAGAACUAUUUAAAGAGAAUGUUCAGUGGAAGGCCUUUUUGUAAGUAUUUCCAUGAAUAAAGUUUCUAUUUUACACUGUGAAGGGCCAUGUAAAUAAAAGUGAAACAUUCUG